UAGUACCUUGGUGACCCGGCGGAGGGUCUCCUGUGUCGGCAGUCAUCAUGGAUGACUAUCCCAUCCAGGGCCUGUUGGCCCUUUCUGUCUUGUUGGGGCCGCUGUUCCGGCUUAUGUUCCCACUGGGGUUCGGGCGUGUGUGCAUGUCCCGCAUGCUGAUGCGGUCUGGAACAGUGAAGCCUGGCCCUACACCUGCGGAGCAGGCAGAGAUAGAUCGUAAGUUGGCCGAGAAGAAAAAGGAGAGAGAAGCCAAGAAAAAACAGAAGAAAGAAGAAGCAAGAAAGAAAAUGAAAGAGAAAAUGGACAGGGAACUAGAAGAAGAAUUGAAAAGUACACAAGAAGAAGAAGAAGAAGAGCAAGAGGAAGUGGAGACUUUAGUAAGACGUCGUCCCAUUGACAUCCCAGAGAGUAGUACAGCACAGCGGCUUCCGGUUGAGCCGCUAAAUUGGGCUGAUCAGUAUUAUUACUCCAGCGAAAUCCUAAAAGAGUCUGAAGAAGAACGUGAUGUGUUCAUUGCCAAAUUAGCCACGGUGACAGAUACAGUUGAACCCAAUCUGAUGAUGGCAGAGAAAAGGGUUGAGUUGAACAACAAGUUGUUAGCAGCCAGAAGGCAAGAAGUGAACGAAAAGAAAAGGCUGCAGGCAGAAGGGGAGAAAUUGCAGAAAGCUCUAGAAGCGCAAAAGGAAAACCCCUCUGAAACUGAAGCACAGCUUGCACUCCUCAGGGAGGCCGUCCUCAACACGAGGCAAGAUAUGGACUUAAUGCGUCAGACUUUGCAACGUGUAGAAACACAUCGAGUGGAAUUUGAAACAGUCUGGAACAACUUCUUGGAAAAGUCAGCCAAGGAUGUGGACCAUCAUGUUCAGACAUAUAUCCAGGCUUUGGAUGACCACGUCAGUAAGACAUUCACCCCCGAAGUUAUAGAAAAGAUUGUAAAGGGAGCUGGAGGCGACGGAGGAGAUGGAGAUGGCGAUGGCGAUGGUGACAAAAAAGGGAAGAAGAAAAUUGGGGAUCCAAAGGAAAAACUUCCUCAGGAAACCGGGCAGGGUAACAAGAUAAAACUUAAACUACCUUGGACCUACAAUGGAAAAAAAGAGGAGAGUGUAUUGCACUGGGCGGCGGCCAUUGAAACCUAUGUGUACGGACAGCGUAUCCCAUAUUGGGACAGGGUGUUGAUGGCAACUUCGUGCAUGGGAGGCGACGCCAUGAGCUUCGCCAUCUCGCUGCAAAAGGAAGCGGGAUGCAACUCUAUGGUAGAGUAUUCGCAGCAAACGCGAAUCGAAGAUUUCCUUAAGUUAAUAAGAGAAAGAUUUGAGGACAAAAACUUGGCAAGACGUACAGAAAUGUUGAUCCUCAGCCUUCCUGACAGGAAAUGGAAGAGUACCUCUGCACUAAAGGCAACUAUGGAUGAACUAUUGCAAUGCCCUGAUCACGGAUUGACGCCGGCCCAAAUCUUAAACAGCUUUGCACGAGCGCUCCCGGAUCCCCUAAAAACACAACUCUAUCCCCGUACCAAGGAAGAGGGGAUGACAUAUGAGAAGUUCGGCAAGAUCGCCAUAGAUCAUGCGGGCUUCCUCGCUGAAGCAAAUUAUUGCCAUUACUGGAAGGAUUUGCAAGCGGGUAAGAGAUGGCAAAACCGCACCAUCAGGGUCUAUACCUGGGAAAGACAGUCUCCUUCUAACCUUUGAGGAAGGAGGCGCCGAGACCAUCUCCUGGGAUCAGGUAGACUAUGGUCUCGAUGAACCCAACAGACCGAUAGCUCAGGAGGGGAGUUACGCGGCUGUUGCAGCCCGCGGGGGAGGGCGUCAAGGAAGAAGGCGUGGCCGAGGAAGAGGUCGCGGCCGUGGUGGACGAGGAUUCGGCACCCAGAGGGGUGAUGUUGAAGGAAGCCACUACGUGGGAGGAAGGGGAAAUGGUCCCUCAUACGGUGGCCGUGGUUCUUACUCCACCUGGGGUAGAGGAAGAGGCUCAUGGUACAACAAGUGGGAUAAGCCAUACCCACCACAUCC